CUGCGGCUGCGGCAGCGGCUUCUGGGAUCUCUAUGUGGCAGAGGGGCCAUCUCCGCCAACAAGGAGGUGGAGGGCCCGCGAGCCAGGUGCUGGAGACACUGCCGCCAUCCUCUUCGGCUGCCCAGCUGUUCUCCUAGACACGCUCGUCGCCUAAGGAUCCUCCUCUCUCAGCUCUUGCAAACUGCGAACUCGUCGCCUGCUGAUUUUCUUUUACUACAGGUUCACAGCGGAGGCAGCAGUGAGGUGUCCGAUUUGGACACGUGAGGCCUGCGAUCCCCGGACUUGGGGAGCACAGCCAAAUAAGUUUGGAAGGAGGAUACUGCAGGCAAGUAUCCAAUAGUAUUUUGAUCGCCAGCAUCCCUGCUGGACACGUGAAUAACUUGGGCGGUAAUACAUAUACCUGGUGCCCAGGGAAUUUGCAAUGCAGAGAAGGAAGUCUCACAUUAUAGUACACUAAAUGUUUCUCCUUAGCCUCUUUCAUCGCCCUGCAGGUAUGAAGACACAUCACAAAAAGGCAGCUGCAGGGCAGCAAACCAGGGAAAUUGUCGAUGGCCACAGCUGGUCUGCAAGUAUGAGAAAGAAAAAGACUUCUCAAAAGAAGCAGAAGGGCAGACCUUCCUCCCAGGCCCACAGGAACAUCGUGGGCUGCAGAAUUUCACACGGUUGGAAGGAAGGCAAUGAGCCCAUCACCCAGUGGAAAGGAACCGUUCUGGAUCAGGUGCCUAUAAAUCCUUCUCUUUAUCUGGUGAAAUAUGAUGGAAUUGACUGUGUCUAUGGACUGGAACUUCACAGAGAUGAAAGGAUUUUAAAGCUUAAAAUCCUUCCUGAUAAGGUGCCAUUUUCUCGAGUCAGAGAUGUGCGCCUUGCAAAUACCAUAAUUGGCAAAGCUGUGGAACAUAUGUUUGAGGGUGAGCAUGGUUCUAAGGAUGGAUGGAGGGGGAUGGUCUUAGCCCAAGCACCCAUCAUGAAAGCCUGGUUUUAUAUUACCUAUGAGAAAGAUCCUGUCUUGUACAUGUACCAGCUUCUAGAUGAUUAUAAAGAAGGAGACCUCCAUAUCAUGCCAGAGUCCAGUGAGUCUUCUCCAAAAGGGAGGGAGCCAGAAGGAGUUAUAGAUGGCCUCAUAGGUAAACAUGUAGAAUAUACCAAAGAAGAUGGAUCCAAAAGGACAGGCAAGGUCAUUCAUCAAGUUAAAGCCAAACCCUCUGUGUAUUUCAUCAAGUUUGAUGAUGAUUUCCAUAUCUAUGUCUAUGAUUUGGUGAAAAAGUCCUAACUGUUAGAGUAAACUUUACCACAUGUGUGAAGGUAAAUGUAUGAUUUGGAGACACACAGAAAAUGUUGCUUUUCAGUGUACUGAAAGCAUAGGGAUCCCUAAUAACGCAUAAUCUUUGCUAGAUAACUGUUGUUUUGUCCUGAAAAAUACAAAUUUAUGUGGCCAUGA